AUUCAUUCAAUCUGACGUCAGAUCUUACUGGUGAAGGAAAUACUGUCAUUAUUUUGAUAAAUUUAUGUUUUGUCAAGCAAGGAGAAGUUCUGAUUAGGAAUUAAAAUCGUAUUUACUUUCUCUAACCAGGAUAAAGAAUCAUUAAUCAUGGACAAACAUAACAGUUCUGAAUUAUUAAAUUCAGAUUUUUCUUUAUCAAAGAACGCCAGUUCCGAUUCAUUGGACUCAGACUCAAAAUCGAGUUCAUUGAAUUCUAAACACGGACAAGACUCCCCGCAUGUAUUGGGGGAUAUUCAACUCCUAGAUGGCGAGAAAGUGAUGAGUUUAGCUCGGGAUGUGACUUAUUUAUGUCCAUAUAGUGGUCCGUCUAGAGGCGUACUAAAAGUGACUAAUUAUCAGUUGCACUUCAGACCAACAGACACUGCUGCGUUACAGAGCACUCUCAGCGUACCUCUUGGUGUUGUUUCACGCAUUGAAAAAGUUGGGGGUGCUUCAUCAAAAGGUGAAAAUUCAUAUGGCAUUGAAAUAUUUUGCAAGGAUAUGAGAAAUUUAAGAUUUGCACACAAACAAGAGAAUCACUCUCGCCGUGGAAUUUUCGAGAAGCUACAGCAAUUAGCAUUCCCUCUGUCACAUAGACUGCCCUUAUUUGCAUUUAGCUAUUCAGAGAGUUUCUCUGAAGAUGGAUGGCAUGUAUAUGAGCCUAUUGCAGAGCUUAGACGCAUGGGCGUAAACAAUGACAUGUGGCGUAUAACUCGUAUAAACGACAAGUAUGAAGUUUGUGACAGCUACCCAUCUAUAUGGGCGGUGCCAGCAGCCGCUAAUGAUGACUUACUGCGCUCCGUAGCCACAUUCAGGUCCAGAGGAAGAAUACCAGUGCUUGCAUGGAUACAUCCUAGCUCACAGGCUACUAUCACACGAUGCAGCCAGCCUUUGGUUGGGGUAAGCGGUAAACGCAGCCGUGAGGAUGAGCGCUACAUACAAUUGAUAAUGGAUGCCAAUGCGCAGGCGCACAAGUUGUUCAUCAUGGACGCCAGACCUACUGCCAAUGCUGUUGCAAAUAAAGCUAAGGGCGGAGGAUAUGAAUCAGAGGAUGCGUACCAGAAUGCCGACCUUGUGUUCUUAGAUAUACACAAUAUCCACGUCAUGCGCGAGAGUUUACGUAAACUUAAAGAGCUCUGCUUCCCACAAAUAGACCAGACUAGAUGGUUCAGCGGCAUUGAAGCUACUUGCUGGUUGAAACAUAUAAAAUGUAUAUUGGCUGGAGCCGUCCGUAUAGUUGAUAAGGUGGAAAAUCACAAGACAUCAGUACUGGUACAUUGUUCAGACGGAUGGGACCGAACUGCGCAGCUGACGGCAUUAGCAAUGUUGAUGCUAGACCCCUACUACAGAACGCUAAGAGGUUUCGAAGUCCUCAUAGAAAAGGAAUGGCUGUCUUUUGGACAUAAGUUUCAAUUGCGUAUAGGUCACGGCGACGAGCGUCAUUCGGACGCUGACAGAUCCCCUGUCUUCGUGCAGUGGGUGGACUGCGUUUGGCAGCUUCAGCAACAGUUCCCAACAGCCUUCGAGUUCACUGAGAGGCUCCUUAUCACCAUAGUGGACCAUCUCUACUCUUGCAGAUUUGGCACCUUCCUGUUCAAUACUGAGAGGGAACGAGUUAAGGAGGAAGUGAAAACAAAGACAGUGUCCCUCUGGUCGUACAUAAACAGUCGCCAGGACUUGUACCUGAACCCCCUUUACUGGGGCCCGUCAUCGUUCGGAGCCAGUUCUCCCCCCUCCCCCUACUCGCGGCCUCAAGUCGUGUUAGUACCUGUCGCCUCGCUUCGAGUCAUCAAGCUGUGGAAGGCGUUGUACUGUCGAUGGAAUCCAACUAUGAGGCAGCAGGACCCCAUCUACCAGCGCACACGAGAGCUGGUGGCAAUCAGGGCGCAAUUGGAAGCAGCGGCGGCGGCCGCAGCGGGCGACCAUGCCGCCCGGCAACACCGCCUCGGCCUCACCCCGCCCCGGGUCGCCAGCCCACACCAUGUAUGAAACGAGGACCUCUACUUCUACGACAGCCAUCUGUCUGUCUGAGAAGUCAAAAUGGACCUAACCGACAAGUGCCGGUAACUUCCAAUUCAGUUUAACAAGGAACGUGCAUUUAGAGUCGUGUUUUCAAUGAACUGUGUAUGGCGAAUAAAUAAGUAGGUAACUUGUAAAAAUAUCGUAUAGUAUCGCCGCGGUCUAUGUAUCAACGAAGACAGUCAUCUGUCUGAGAAGACAAUGGAUCUAACCGAACAGUGCCGGUACCUUUCAAAUCCGUUUAUUAAGGAACAUGUGUUUAGAGGCGUGUUUUCAAUGCGUAUAAAGGACAGUAAAUUCUAUAAACUGUAGUGGUCAUCUUAAAUUAUGGUUUAUGCACACGAAUAUGGACCUUAUUAACUAUAAGUAAGCUUUUAAAUCAGUGUUAUGACGAGCAUAUAAUACUGUUUAUUCUUGUGCAAGUAUUGUAUAAUUAUAUAGUGUUCUAAUAAUAACUUUAUUAGUUUCAUCUUACUAUCGUCAGAAAGCAAAUGACAUAAAGAUUUUAGUGUGAAAAUGUUCAUGUAAAAAAAAGAAAUUAAAUAUUGCCAAAUAUUUUUACAUUUUAAAUAGGUAUACUUAUAAUUGUAAAACAUUAAAACGAAUAAUAAAUGUGUAACAAUUAGUGCAGCUUUUACACAGUAUGAUUAAAGAAAAUAAUAAUAAUUAUGGAAAUAUAAUAGAAAUAAAAAAUAAAGCGAAGUCCAUACUUAUAGAUACACGUUUAAUG